AUGUCGGAAGAAGACAAGAAUAAUACGACCAGCAGACCACUGGCUGCACCACAUAGUCCUAAGCCAGAGUCCCCAACAACAGCACGACCUCUGGAUUUUGACGAUGAACCUCAAGAAUCUGGGUUGGCCUCCGCUCCUUCAGCUCCGUCCCAAAGAGGCACCACCGAAGCUGCCCCGCCAAAGCCACCGCGCCCAUUGAGCCCUAAGCAGCAGGCCGAAAGUACACUCAAGGAAGCGUUCCCGACUGUCGAUGCCUCCGUCGUGAAGGCAGUGUUGGUGGCUAGCAACUGGAACGUGGAACAGGCUUUCCAUGCCCUCCUUGUUCCUACAGGCAUGACCGAUCCCAAUGCCCAGGAAGACCUAGCACCCCCGAAACCCCCUCGUCCUUCUGCAACGCAGAGACAACUUGAAUCGGAUGAGAUGUAUGCGCGCCAGCUUGCCGAGCACUAUAACCGUCGUGCGCAACCCCGCUACGAGAAUGACCCUCGAUACGAGCAAACAAGAAGAGGAAGCGAACAGUCUGAGGAAAGAGAUUAUAGCUUUUUUGAAGAUGACCUUCCCGUGAUCCGCGACAACAUUCGCAAAGGGUUCUUGGAGACCCAAUCGAAGGUCAACUCCUGGGUACAGAAUCUAAAGAAACGGAUGGAUGGCGAGGAGGAGGCGGAAGGGUCUCAGCCCAGUCAGAGCUAUGGUGAAAGCCAAGGUUACAAUCGUCCAAGGAGGAGCGGUGAUAUGAGCCGUCGGAGUGGGGAUCGUGAACGUUAUGAUGCAGAUCCUCAGGUCUUGGGUGAUGAUUUCUCUGCACUCGAGCUGAGAGAUUCAGAAGCUCCUCCCGCACGCCCUCCUAGGCCACUCGCCAAUACCGAUCUUCAUAAGACCUCAUCCCCUUCACCCGAUAGACGCAAGGUGUCCUUCCAAGAAGGUCCACCUGAGGAGAUCGGCAACCUCUACGAUUCAUCUGAGCCGAUCAAGCCAGCAUCUUCCGCAAAAAGCAAGUCGAGCAAAUGGCAACCUCUGUCAACUGUCGAGCCGUCUCCUGUGGGGGAGAACGAUCCGUUUAGUCUAGGCGACAGCGACGACGAGAGAGAUUCAAAGCCCAAGGAUCAGAAUACUGCUGAUGAGAAUGAUCGAACAAAAAAAGCUACGACCGAGGUAAUGGCUGGCGAUCUCAAUUCUGCAUCGAAGGACGUCAAUAAAACCGACAAUACUGGAAAAUCAUAG